AUGAUGUCGAGUGUCCCCACUAUGGACCUCCGCUAUUUCGAGCCCUCUGAACAACUUACGGGCAAUUCAAGCGCCUUACGAACGGCGAAUCGACAAAACGGCAAUUAUCACGGCGACUGUAGCUUGCCUAACAACACCGGUGCUGGUGUCCCUGAGGACCAGAACACAAAUCUUUGGAUUACUGGCUUGCCAGCCAAUAUCACCAUCCACGAACUCCUUGCAGCCAUCACCCACACAGGCCGAGUUCGGUCAACCGUCAUCAACCAGCCGACAGGUAUUAUCACCACAGCAGCUGCGUCUAUCAGCUUUUUUAAUCGUGAAGACGCCGAGAGACUUUAUCUAAAGAUCAUGCGCGGUAGGAUCCUGCUCCGUGGACAGUUCCCAUUAGUGCAAUGGAACCGCAAUCGGGUUGGCGAGAGCGCGGUACCGCCAUAUGCUAGCCGAGUGCUCUUAAUCGCUGGUAAUCCAGAGAUUGUCAACCAGACAUUCCUUAACGACUUCUUUGCUAAGAAGUUCGUAUAUGAACUUGAUCAAGUUAUCGACCACGGAACGGUCCCAGGGUUCGGCGGACCCAUUAGUCGACUGGAAUACCGCUUUGGAUCAUGGCGCUCACAGGCGUCUUCCGCACGCCUUGCAUUGAUAUUGGAACUCAAAGGCUUCCUCCUGGUGCAGUAUGGUCCUGACCCUUGCGCCGAGUAA